AAAUUUGAACAAUUGAAAUUUGAACAAAAACAGUCCAACAAGCUCAGAGUUUUGUCUCCCUGAAACAUCGUUCUUUCACUUGGCAUUCAAUCCAAGUCCACAAAGUCGCCAACUUCAAAACCUUUCCCUCUUCUUUCCACUUUCAGAUCUUCAUUGCCUAAAUUAGUAUUUUCAGUUUUAUUUUUUUUCCUCCAAAAAUUUUGUGUGAAUUUUUGGAGCUGAGCAUCAGAUCUGGUUAGGCAUUAGUGUUUUUGUGAGGGUGAGAAGAUGUCGACUAUGGAGAGCUUGAUCGGUUUGGUGAAUCGGAUUCAGAGAGCUUGUACGGCUCUCGGCGACUACGGUGGGGGUGACAACGCUUUCUCUUCUCUCUGGGACGCUCUUCCCUCCGUCGCCGUCGUCGGUGGUCAGAGUUCUGGAAAAUCAUCGGUGUUGGAAAGCGUAGUUGGGAGAGAUUUUCUUCCUCGAGGAUCUGGGAUUGUCACAAGGCGGCCAUUGGUAUUGCAGUUGCACAAGACAGAUGCUGGGCAGCCGGAAUAUGCAGAGUUUGCUCACUUGCCACGAAAAAGAUUCACAGACUUCGCUCUGGUACGCAAGGAAAUUCAGGAUGAAACUGAUAGAAUCACUGGAAAAACAAAACAAAUUUCUCCUGUUCCCAUCCACCUCAGCAUCUACUCCCCCAAUGUGGUCAACUUAACACUGAUUGAUUUGCCUGGUUUGACAAAAGUUGCUGUUGAGGGGCAACCUGAAAGUAUAGUUGAAGAUAUUGAAAACAUGGUCCGAACCUAUGUUGGGAAGCCCAACUGCAUUAUACUAGCAAUAUCUCCAGCUAAUCAGGAUAUUGCCACCUCGGAUGCUAUAAAACUUGCCAGGGAAGUGGAUCCCUCAGGUGAACGGACAUUUGGGGUGCUUACAAAGCUAGAUUUGAUGGAUAAAGGAACUAAUGCAUUGGAUGUUCUUGAAGGGAGAGCUUAUCGGUUGCAACAUCCUUGGGUGGGUAUUGUAAACCGUUCUCAAGCUGAUAUAAACAAAAAUACUGAUAUGAUUGUUGCAAGAAGAAAGGAGCGUGAGUAUUUUGCUACAAGUCCUGACUAUGGACACCUUUCUAGUAAAAUGGGUUCAGAGUACCUGGCAAAGCUUCUUUCGAAGCACUUGGAGUCUGUAAUUAGGGCUAAAAUACCAAGUAUCACCUCUUUAAUCAACAAAGGCAUUGAGGAACUUGAAUCAGAGAUGGACCACCUUGGAAGGCCUAUUGCUGUUGACGCAGGGGCUCAAUUGUACACGAUCUUGGAACUCUGUCGUGCUUUUGACAAGAUCUUUAAGGAGCAUCUGGAUGGAGGCCGACCAGGUGGUGAUCGAAUCUAUGGAGUUUUUGAUAAUCAGCUUCCUGCGGCUCUAAAAAAACUUCCAUUUGACCGCCAUCUAUCCAUACAAAAUGUGAGGAAAAUUGUUUCUGAGGCAGAUGGUUACCAACCUCACUUGAUUGCCCCAGAACAAGGUUAUAGACGGCUUAUUGAGGGAUCAUUAAAUUAUUUUAGAGGCCCAGCUGAAGCUUCUGUUGAUGCUGUUCACUUUGUUCUGAAGGAACUUGUAAGGAAGUCAAUUGGAGAAUGCCAGGAGUUAAAGCGGUUUCCCAGUCUACAAACUGCAAUAGCUGCAGCUUCUAAUGAAUCCUUGGAAAAAUUUCGUGACGAAAGUAAGAAGACAGUCACUAGACUCGUGGACAUGGAGGGUUCAUACCUGACAGUGGAUUACUUUAGGAAGCUUCCACAGGAGGUGGAGAAAGGCGGAAACCAAGCAGCUGGUGCUGCUGCUGUAGACCGCUAUGCGGAGGGUCACUUUAGGAGGAUUGGGUCAAAUGUGUCAUCUUAUGUGAAUAUGGUUUCUGAUACUCUCAGAAACACUAUUCCAAAGGCAGUUGUUCAUUGCCAAGUGAAGGAGGCCAAGCAUUCUUUAUUGAAUCGCUUUUAUGUGCAGAUUGGGAAGAAAGAGGGUAAGGCACUUGGAGAAAUGUUGGAUGAGGAUCCAGCAUUGAUGGAAAGAAGACAGCAAUGUGCAAAGAGGCUUGAACUGUACAAGAAAGCAAGGGACGAAAUCGACUCCGUAUCAUGGGCUCGAUGAGAUUAGUAUAUAGGUUGGAGAUGUUGGUAUUAUCUCUCAAUUGGAUCCAGCCAUUAUGGCGGGUGCCUUAAUUGACAACCCAGAUUCUUUAUUUGUAUUCAUUUAUAUAUGGUUUGGAGUGUUGUGCUUCGCGUUUGCCAAUUUUGUUUUUGGCAGCUAUUCUGAAUGACAGUUGUAAUUGCAGUAAUUUGAAUGCCAACUUGUUUGAGUGUUCGCUAUUA